AUGUCUAGUUACGUUUUUCUUGCACUGCAGCUGGCAGUUGUAUCACUUCUAGUCACCUUGUGGCGCGCCUUUCAACCAAACACUUGGUCCAAUCGAGUAGUUUCCUACAUAAUAAAUGUGGGUAAUACCCCGAGAUACAUCAAUAGAACACUGCUGACGGUCAUCUUUGUAUCAUUGUAG